AUGACCAACUUCAGCGCUUUCCUGACCGCUUCCUUUCUCUCCGAAGCAAGCUUUGUCAAAGAAUUCAUCGUCUAUGUAAAAGACACAGAAUUCCUAAACGUUACAUUUUUUCCCUCACCCAACUCAUAUGCCUUCAUCAAUGGUAUUGAAAUCGUUUCUAUGCCGGAAAAACUGUAUUUUAAAGCCAAUAAAUUUAAAUACGUCGGUCAAAAUUCAGGAUCCGUCAUUGAUAACUUCACUGCUCUUGAAAGCAUUUACCGUCUUAACGUUGGCGGGGAGCACAUUUCCAGUAACGCUGACACCGGGAUGUAUCGAUCAUGGGAUGGAGAUGAAAAUUACUUAUUACAAACGCUUGGGUUAACACCUACGACUCGAACUCCGAUCACGUACACCACGGACACACCCAAUUAUACCGCACCUGAGCUAGUUUAUCAAACCCAAAGGAGCAUGGGCAACCUAUUGAAGUAUUAUAAUCUGACAUGGCUACUUCCAGUUGAUUCUGGGUUUAAUUACAUGCUCAGACUCCAUUUUUGCAAUAUUAUAUCAAAUUAUACGACCAAGGGACAGAUGAUUUUUAAAAUUUUCAUUAAUAAUCAAACUGCUGAAAAUGAAGCCGAUCUAUUCGAAUGGACUCAAGGUAGCGGGUAUCCUGUAUACAAGGAUUACGGUGUGUAUGCCAAUGACCUAGAUGGCCAGGGAAGCAAGCAAGAUUUGUGGCUCGCAUUGCGUCCUAAUGAAGAAUCUGAGAAAUACGAUGAUGGUUUUUUAAAUGGUUUGGAAGUCUUCAAGUUGAACAUGAGUGGUAAUCUUUCUAGCCCCAACCCUGGACUUAGUUCUACAACCCCACAAACAAGGCCGGCAUCUCCCGUCAAAGGGAACAAGAAGGAAACUCCAUAUGCUAUGAUAGCUGAAGGUGUUGGGGGAGGAAUAGUCUUGUUUUCUUUUAUUAUUCUUAUAGUUUUAUGGUGGCGAAAGAGAGCAAUCCACAAAUCCUCUUAUUGUCCAACUUCAGUGUCGUGCGCAAGACCUGUUAUAUCUCCACAGCUGAGUGACGACCAGGUGAGUUUGGUAACAUGGGGCAAGUCUUGCUAUAGAAGGGGAACCUUGCAUGAAAUUAUUGAUCCAAAGCUAAGUAGUGAGAUUGCACGUGGGUGCUUACUGAAGUUUGGAGAAAUAGCAAAUAAUUGCUUGCAUGAGGAAGGGACUGAACGACCCUCUAUGGAGGAUGUCGUAUGGGGACUCGAGUUUGCAUUGAAGCUACAACACGCUGCUGAUGAGGCCAUGUCAGAAAAUCAAGAACUUCCAUUUUUGAUGAACGGAGAGGGGAUGGUAAGCGAUUGA